UGCGUUGGCAAAUAUACUUUGUUUAAUUAAAUGUCAUUUUUCAUUUGUAGUACCAUCCCAUGAAGAAACAAUUACUGAAUAUUACAUUUAUCAAAUAUGUAUAAAUAUGAGAUCAACUUUUUAUCUGACAAGAUUACAACAGACUAUAUUUACUUUAUAAAGUUCGCGCAAUAGUUGAAUACACUGAAAAUAUUUCAAGCAAAAUACAGUAUGACUUUAAAGACCAAUCCAUGCAUAUUAUGCUUGAGUUUUGCAUUAAUGAUAUCAAGCGUGAUUGGAUAUGUUAAUGAUUCACAAUUGACUAAUGAAAUUAACACCGAAUCAUGUGAAAAUAUUGACUCAUCGGUACUAGCCAUAAAUAACUUUACAUUGGAUCUCUACAAACAGAUUAUCUCUCCGAAUGGGAUUAAGGAUGUAUUUUUUAGUCCAAUAAGUGUAACAAUGGCCUUGUCCAUACUCUUACUUGGAGCAGAUGGCAAGACGAAAUCUGAAAUGCGAAAUGUUCUUCAUAUGGCAGGCCUGAGUGAUGAGACCGCGCAUCAUUCCUUAAUGUGUUUGAUGCAAUUACUUCACAGCGGAGAAACAGGCAAUGAAUUCAUAUCCGCCAACAAACUUUUCCCAAGUAAACAUUUAAAUGUGAAAAAUGCAUUUCUAAGAUAUGUUGAGCGUUUUUACGAUGGUUCAGUGCGACAGUUAAACUUUUCUGAUGUCGAUGGAAGUAUGAAUACAAUAAAUAAAUGGGUAGCGAAACGCACAAAUAAUAUGAUAAAAGAUGUUCUUCACCCUGGGGACCUGGAUGCUCUCACUGUCAUGGUGCUCGUCAAUGCUGUUUACUUCAAAGGUGAAUGGAGAGGAAAGUUUCUUGCCAAUCAUACAAAGCCUCAUUACUUUUAUCCAAGCCCAAAUUCUGCUGCUAUAAAUGUGACGAUGAUGUAUAAAACUGGUAAAUUUAAUUAUCACGACAGCACAGGAUUGGAUGCUGAGUUUAUUGAAUUACCAUAUCGUGAGGAUGAACAUCAAAAGUUAAGCAUGGUUCUGGUUAUUCCAAAGGAAACAUACGGCUUGCCUGAGCUUGAACAAAAGCUGACACUAGAAAACUUAAUGCAUGGGAUAAAACAAAUGCGUAUUGUCCAGAAAGACAUUUUCUUACCGAAACUGAUGUUAAAGUCACGAUACACCCUUGAUUUAUAUCUGAAGGCUUUGGGAAUGAAAGAUUUGUUUUCUUCGGAGAUAAAUCUAUCACAAUUUAGUGAUGACCAAAGUAUUGCGCUGUCUGCAGUUCUGCACGAAGCUGUUAUAAAGGUCACUGAGGAAGGGACAGAGGCAAGCUCCAUGACUUCCACUUUGACUACAAGGACUGUGAGGUCCUCCAUAACAUGUGACCACCCUUUCAUAUUCUUAAUUCGGGAUAGAACCACAGGUGUCAUCUUAUUCAUAGGAAGGACAGUUGAGCCCCCAAAGGUUGAGCAGACUGUCAUUCAGGCAGGGUUAAAGAGAGGAUGUGACUAUGAGAACUGCAAGAUGAAAUGCAGAAAUGGAUGUUAUGAAGAACUGAGGCUGCUGUUGUUAGAAGAAGAUAACAGUCUAAAGUUAGACAACAUAAAGAUAGUGAAGAGACUCUUUAAGAAGGAUAAAAUCAAGAAACACUCAAAGAAUUUUGCUGGAUGUAAAAAGAAAUGUAACAAUUUGUGCAAUAAAGACUGUCCAUGAAUGCCAUGAUCCAAUGAAUUUUUGUAUACUGAGUGUUUUAUAUUUGGAUUCUAAAAU